GUUGAUGAGAGAAAAGGUUGGGUGGCUGUUGUUGGUGAAAUGGAAGCCUGCACUGAGUACUCGGCCGUACGCUUUAAGCAACGUGCCGUGAUUGAGUUUUUAACCACCAAAGGAGUCCCUCCAAUUGAAAUCCAUCGCCGAAUGCAGGCUAUUUAUGGCGAUGACUGUAUUGACGUGAGUACUGUACAUCGAUGGGUCCAAAAAUGUAAAGAUGGGGAAUCGGGAAGAACCGACUUGUCUGAUUAAGAAUGAAAUGACAACAGCCAACAAGUGAGAGAGGAUGAUAAACGGAAGAACAAUCAGGCAUCACUUAAAGGGAAAUCGCUGUCUAUCCUGGCAUUUUACAGGAUUGAGUGGGUCACAUUAUUGUCCUUCAGCACUGGAAGGUAUUUCUCAACAUGUCAAUAAAUCCAAUGACAUAUGAAGCUCAGUUUUUUGGUUUUACCCCUCAAACAUUCAUGUUGCGGAUUUAUUUUGCUUUUCAAGAUCAUCUUUCUCAUAUAAUGCUGGUAGUGGAGAAAGUUAUAUUGAAUAAACUAAAGAACAUCUGUCCUAGUCUUACACCUACUUUAAUCCGGAGGAGCUCAGAAAAAUUCUUUGCUUUGAUGAAGGAACGCUUCGACAAUCUGUUCACUAAGAUGGAAGGAUCUCUUUUAAGCACAGUUUUAAGCAUCCCCAAGAACAUUUGUCUUCCAGAAAAUAAACUCCAAGAGGAAUUCUGCUACACUGCAAAACAGUUUCAAGAGCUGGAGAAUGAAAUCAGCCAGCUCGAAAGAGAACUUAAAGCUGAAAUGUGUGCUGAGCAAGCCUUACAAACAGAACUGGAAGAGCAAAAGAUCGUCCAGGGGCAUCUUGAAGGAAUUCUACAAUGGUUUGAUGGUCUUGACAAUAUAGGCAGAAAUGAAGGGACUGGAAACCUUAAAGAAAGCUUUGCUGCCUUGACAAAAACUGCUACUAAAUUGCAUAAUAUUGUGCAGGAGGUGGAGGUCAAAAUGAACAGAUUGAGAAAGUGACUGUGUAGCAAUAUAAACAUAUUUCAAUCCAUUCUUUUUUUCCCCUUUGGAAAUAUUUCCAAGAGGUUUGUGUGACAGUCAUGAUUUAUUUGCAUAAUUUGCAAACAACAAGAAAAGGCCCUUCCGGGGAAGUAUCUUUCCCCUGGAAUGAAGUUUAGACCUCUUUUGCUUUCAGGAGUAUGGCCAUAGUUGUGGGAAGACUAUCUGGCAAGUGGAAGUAAAGUCAAGCUAAGAUCCCAUUUUAAGCCCUUAAUAAUUGAAAUUGCUAAAAUGAUUCUGCAGGUUCUGCUCAAAGCUUCAUAAAGGGCCUGACUGUACAAUGGAUUAUAGCCUAAGAGAACAUGAAUCUUAUAGUAGUUUAUAGUGUUUGAAAAGAAGCAAUAGGUAAUUUUGCAUCUGGAUUUCAAGUAACAGAAAACAUUACAAUCAAAACUAACAACUUUAGAGGUAGUUUAUUUCUUAAAUUAUAUCCUGCUUUUCUAAUUAACAAAACUCAAAUUGGUCAACAACGCAGAAAGAAAAAAACAUCAGAAUAUUAAUGAACAGUAUCCACCUAGGUACUUAUCUUAUAGUCUUCUUGUACAUAAGACUAAACUUUUUCAUCUGUUGGCAGAAGGAUAAGAUAAAGAGGAAUCACAUUGGCUUUUGGUGCUUCCAAACUGAUGCUGGUAGUAAUGGAACUGUUUGAACCAAUACAUGCUUAAAACUAAUUCUAGUCAAUAGCAUGACUGAAUAUUGAGCCAGCCCUUUAUUUUUACAAAGCCCAACAGAAAAAAAUUACAAUGAUUUUAAGUGCAGCAUAUAACACUGAUCAGAAGUGAUGUUAGCAGGAAUUAAUAGAUUUGAUGUAUUAGUGCAAAUAUGUUAUACAAGGAUACAAUACACUAGUAUGCAAUGUGAAUUAGACUUGAACUUGAUCUUUUAAACCUAGCAAUGGAAAAAAAUGCAAACAGAGGUACCCAAUUUAUAAUACAUAUUUUGGUGGGAAUACACAGCAUCAAGGUCAGGCUAUAUUCAAGAAGAAGAAGGAACUAUAAAAUGAUCUUUUAUCUUGAUCAGAUACUGCUUGGCUACCAUAAGGUAAUUUUAAUUACUUGAUUUCAAAGAACGUUUCCUCCAAAAUGUGGGAAAUAGUAAUAUACCUGCUGGUAUAUUCUUGUCCCUCUAUCCCAUCUUGUGUUCAAAUAAUACGAUAUUCUAUAUGGGUUUUUCCUAUACUAUCCAAUCUUUUUGCUAUGGUGGCUCUCAAAAUAAAAGAAACAUGCCUCAGUAAUGUACCAACUUAUACAUCAGGGACUUCCAUGAACCCACAUUCUGGAUUUUUUUUUAAACGGAAACUACUAAUCAACAGCUUUCCCAAAGAGCUCCAGAAAACAAGCUUGUAACAGAAAUCUGUAUUUCCAUUUCGAGUGGAUCUUCAGGCCAUAGCUUACCAAGAAGCAGAAUUCUUUGGGACAAAAGGAGGCCAGGCUAAAAAGCCUUUUGUGGAAUAAGAGAUAGUGUCUCAUCUAAAAAGGCACAUUAGGGCUACCAGUUUUUCUAGUUAUUGAGAGGGGUAGUUUGCCCCCCCCCCCUUUUUUUUUCUUUUAAAUCACAGCUCUGAAUCUCACCAGCAUAUUUGGGGGGAAAGAGCAAUUGCAUACCCAUACAAUUUUAUUUCCAGAUGUUAUUAAAAAAAAGAUGUAAUGCUUUCUGCUUUAUAUAAUAAGGCUAUUGGCCAGUUUGUUUACACUAAGUGACAGGAAUUCAGAGCUGGUGACUGGUAUGUUGGCCAAAACUUAAUUGUACAAUUGUUGGUCCUGGCCUUUAUAGACAUGUCCAAGAAUAAAAUAUAUCCAUCCUCUCCUUUAUCUGACCUCCUUUAAGCACAAAUUUCACCAGUUGGAUUCUAGCAAAUAUUCUUUGCAAAAUAGGUGCAUCACACAUUGCAAUUCCUUUAAUCCC